AAUAAAAGAAGCGCCACCGACGAGGCCAUCGACGAAUCGCGUUGGUCAGUGUCUCGAGGGGCUGUGGGGAGACCGCUGCACCCUGCGAACUGCAGCGAAUUUCGAGGGUAGUCGCACAUUUGACACACUGGCCUCCUAAACCUUAUGGUACCCCACACGUUAACGAGAGCGUGCGACGAUAGUAUCGAGUGACGGUGCCGUAAUCAGUAUUUCCCGUAAAGGAAAUCGAACAGGACGAACGAAAGAGAAGUUUCAGUUAAAAAUAUCGGUGAAGCAUUUCUUCAGAAUCGAUACCCGGAAUGGAGAUUCAACGCAGCUGACGCGACGAUAGCGAAGAAAGUCUCCGCGAACGCGAUAUUGUGAUCAAUCGAUAUUAAUCCCGAAGGAGUUGUUGACUAUCGUCAUCGACCACGACGUCAGCUAAAUUCAUUUCGUGAACGAUGUCUGGCCGUUCGGUCGCGAUUGAACUCCGUGGAACGGGCCAAGCUGUUCGGAGGGGUAUCGCGUGAACACACAAUGCACCGAUAUCGAUAGUAAAUAAUAUGGCGCGGCUUCAUCUGCAGUCGGUGACGUCAAAGUCACGAAAUUCGAGAGGAUGCCAGUGAUUUGAUACGGAGACGACCCGUUCAACGAUGCUCCGCGUUAACGAGCCCAAUAGACGAACCACCGUGCGACACCGUUGACAAUUGCAACUUAUAAUUCGCGAUUCAAGGAGAUACGUACAUUUACUUGAUACAUAACCGAUGAGAAAUUAGAUACAUGCCUGACGCAAAAUACAUGUAUACGACGUUGUCAAGUGUUCCGCAAAGUUUAUAGGACCGUUAACGGUUCUAUUGUUAAUUAAAUACUGCAUUGCGUCUAAUCACGUCGGAACGAUCUCGAGGAGGUGGAACAAAGGCGGUCGUUGAGAGAGGAGACUCGCCGAAGGGACAAAUAAAGAAACGUAUUGAGCCGGUGGCACAAGGAGGUCCCCUGUUGCGAAAUUGAGUCGUCGAAGGCGAAAACCAACGGGUUGGCGUAAAGAGGGGAGACAUUUGAAAUGGGUCAAGAGUGUCUUCGCGAUGACGGUGCACGUCGUUCGACCUCGAGCCCGUCUCCUCGCGGAUUGAUCCUCCUGCGGACUUCUCCCAAGGAUCAUUAACGAAAAGGGAGUACCUACACGGGGGCCAUUGUUGUCGGCGACACCGUUGAUUAUUUACGAUGUCAUUAACGGCGCGACGCGGGACUUGUUGAGUUCCUAUUAAUCGCGGAAGAGACGCGGUAGGAACAGAGAGAGAAAUGGGAUCACCGGCGAAACGAGAUCGCGCCAUUUUUAAUUCGGUUGCCGGUUUAUUGGUUCCCGGGAUAUAAGGCUUGGAUGGGCAUCGCGUGAUGCGACGCGUUACACGCGACGACUGUCAAUGUGAUCGCGUCACGUUUCGAAACCGUUGAGAGAAGGGUUAUCCGUUUCUCGGGGUACGAGAGGACUUUCUGCAUACAUGGUUUUUGGGACGCGCAAGGUAUCGGAAGCAACGACCACGACGGGCUCCACUUGGCUCUACAACAUCACCACCCAAGGCGAGAUGAGCAGCAGUGGAGGGUUAGGGUUCGGCGUCGGCGUCGGCGUCGGCGUCGCUGGCGGGCCAACCCUCGCAGCCGCUCAACAAGGCCAAGGGGUGGCCGCCCUGCUGGUGAUGUUGGCGGUUCUCUGCUUCAUUUUCGCGUACUGCUGCUGGGGAGCACCGUUCUGCAGAUCUCUGUGCAGACGAUACUGUUGCUGUCGUCUCGAAGAUCCCGAGCCUGACUCCAGAUUCGGCAACAGCGAUCAGGCGAUGGUUGCAACGCCGACGAUCAUCCUCUUGCCGCACGGUAGGAUGCUCGUUGUGGACGGCACAAUCUUCACGCAGUUCCAAACCGAUCCCACUGGUUUAGACUUGGUGGAGCUUGGUGACAGCGUCCUCCGUGCACAGAGAAAUCCACGAAGUAUAAACCGACAUCAGCUACAGAACAGUCAGGGCAGUAUAUUAGAGAUGGACGCUGAGACGCCCAGUAAAGAUAGUCUAGGGUCUAUAGGCUGUUUUCCACCCCCGACGUACGAGAGUAUCUAUGGAAAGGAGGAAUCGGAUAUGCCGCCAUCGUACUCCGACAUUUUAUUGCACAGGUUCGCCAAUCUUCCACACGACAUAGACAUGCAUAAUUAUUGCCACGACGGCAAAGAGGAGAUCGAGAUGCAGAGUUUGGAUGGUUGCCCCCAUAUUCUCCGCAAUCCCAUGGACGCGAUAGCGUACCCCUAUAUGACGAACUUCUCCAGCCAGAGUUUCCCGCGCAGGACCGUCUCCAGGAAUCCAUCGAUUAUCAGCAACCCGCUGGACAGCUACUACGUGGACAACGAACUGGAAUUGUACCGAAUGGCGCAGGGGAUGGUGCCUCGUGUCUUCAGCAACGCAAACUUCGAGGCGUUGAGGGCUUACCAGCACGAGACCUCGUUCCACAUAGUCAACGGAAACGGGGGUCAGCAACGAGAGGGCGAGACGUUGCCUGAAAAUGGCAACUAUUGCGCCACUACCGACAACUCUGUCCGAAACAACGAAAGAAUAAGUAUGAACGGCUCCGAAGAGGUGCCCAGAGGCGCAGUCCCGGCGAACGAGGUAAUGAACACUAGAAAUUUAGCUAGAAGCUUGUCGAGGAUCAGCCAGGAGAGCAGGAACAAUGUGGAAAACGCGCAAAGGGAUGUUCACAGCCAGCCCUCGCAAAGGUGCAACGAGACUGAUAGGUCCAGGUCACAGGUAGAUCAAGAGGAACCAUCUAGUCACAGGAGUAUACACUUUGAGAGUCAGGAGGUAAACGAAUCAAACUGCAACAACGAAUCUAAUCCGGCAGGAUAUUAUAUUAGAAGUAGGAGCUCCGACGAUGCCGGCAGGUCGCAGGCAGUGGAGACAGAGUCCAAUUAUUCUGACGAGGAGACCAGGAAUUUUGGAGCCCUCGCGGACAUCCGCGAAAGUCGCGUGUAACGUAAGAUCUAGAGAUUUAGAAAGUAUAUUUUAUUUCAAAGUUGCGCGAGAAACAGUGAUCGACACGAGAGAGACUCGGACUAGUUUAUUAUCAUAGUCUGUUCUUGGAAAAAGGAGACCUGUAUUAUCUCUUCUUCAUGGUUGUCCAAUCCACCAUAAUCACUGAAGAUUGAUCAUUGUGGGAUAGACGGCCAUUAGUUGCCUUGGGUCUCCUCUUUGAAAAACAGACUGAAAUAAUUGGACUCUGAGGAAAAAUACACUGGUGCUUAUAUCGAUUCAUCCUCUAAAUUACGCGUUCCAAUGGAAAACGACGCGACGGUAGAAUUCAUGACUGAAUUGAAUUGCUGUUGAUUUAAGCAUCUAAUAAAGGAAUUAGAGAAUAUUUUAAUCGGUUGUUACACUAGUUGUGAUACUUCGAGAAGAGCGUGUAACAAAAUAUACACAUGAAGUAAUUUUAAGUUUGACGCUACAUUAAACGCAACCACCUAACAGAAUCAUGGAUUAUAGUACGACCGAGGUUCUAAACAUAAUUUUAUAUACGAAAAAUGUACAAUCAAUUUAAUUGUGGCACAAUAAUCGAAGGGAAAUGAUAAGAUGAUGUUAGGUCAGUCCGUCCAAGGGUUAAUCUACACACUAGAUUCAGUAUAUGUAUAUUAAGAAAAUAAUCACCAUAAGUCGAGUUAAA